AUGGUGUUCAGCAACCUCGUCGUUGCUGUUAGCGGUACCCAUAAAGGCUAUACUCAAGGUAUCCAUCCUGCCUGCUCCUCCUAUUCCUCGCAAUCGCCUAUUAACACCUCCACAGCAAAACUUGAGGAGUUGGUCCUCGCCAACGGCGGCUCCUUCGCAAAGGUCAUCGACGGAGACGUUACCCAUCUCCUAACCACACGGGUAGACUUCGACAAGGGAAGCCUUAAGGGUGCCUAAAUCGCUUUUCCUAGUUUGCUCAAUUGCUACGGGGCUAACCAUGCCUUGUGAUAGUCAAAUCCGCCAAGGAAAUCGAUGGCCUGAAAAUUGUCAAUCUUGAUUGGUUACUCGAGUCGAUUGAAAAUGGUAAGAGGAGUGAUGAGGGGGUUUUUUUGGUUGGUGGCGGUGGGAGCAUGACUGCCGCUUCCUCUGCUCUUGCUGCACCAGUAGCGACCAAGGCUGAGCCGGAGGAAUUGCCCAAGAAGCGCGCUCGUGGGAAGGUUGCUGGCUCCCUUCCUGCUGCCAAAGUUGCAAUCAACGACGGAGAGAGCGAGGAAGAGACGAAGCCGGCGGCCAAGAAGGCAAAGCCAAUGCCGGUUGGUAAAGGCAAGGGGAAAGGGAAGGCUAAGGAGGAGCCUGGGGAGGAGGAGGGAGAGGAGGAGGAUCGGAAGACAGAGGAAGUGAAGAUGAAGACUGUUGUUAAGAAGGGGAAGGCGCCAGUUGACGAGUUGUGUCCCAUCGCUGGUAUGUCCCUCUUCUCCAAGGAUAUGAAUGCGCACAAAAUACCAAUUCCAAGCAGGGAAGGCCCACGUCUACGUCGACCCCAAUGGCUUAGUCUACGACGCAACCCUAAACCAAGCCAACAUCGGCAAUAACAACAAUAAAUUCUACUAUCUCCAACUCCUCGAAGGCGAUGCCACCAAGACAUACUCCGUAUUCGCCCAUUGGGGCCGUGUAGGGGACAGGGGCCAGUCAAAGCUGUAUGCCCAGAACGUAGACCUCUUCUCAGCCACCCACCAAUUUGAGAAGAGGUUCAGGUCAAAGACCGGCCAGGUCUGGGCGAAACGCGCCGAAGCCUUGGGUGGUGCGGGAAAGUAUACCUUCCUCGAGAGGAAUUACGAGGAGGACGAGGAUGAGCAGGAUGAGGAGAUGAAGGGUGUGGAGGAAGUCAAGAGUAAGCUUGGCAAGGCUUUGCAGAACCUUAUUAGUUUGAUCUUUGAUACGAAGAUGAUGUUUGUUCCCUCUUCCAACCUACAUCCGAAUGCUAAUCAGAUGCAAAAAGGCAACAAUCAAUGUCCUCCAUGUCCUACGACGCUGCAAAGCUCCCUCUAGGAAAACUCUCAAAAUCAACCAUUUCUCAAGGCUACCAAGUCCUCAAGGACAUUGGCCAAGUAAUCGAAGAAGCACCCGGCUGGAAAAGGGACUACGCGGAAUACGGCCGCAGCAGGAACGACAUCUUGACCGAACUGUCGAACCGCUACUACUCCAUCGUCCCCCACGUUUUCCCUGGACGCGCGCGACCCACCAUCAUUUGCUCGGACGAGCUGCUCAAGCGGGAAGUCUCGCUUGUGGAGAACUUGGCAGACAUGGUCAUCACGACGAAACUUCUGAAGGAAACCAAGGCCGAGAAGACCCCCAACGUGAACAUCCUCGACAAGCAAUUCGAUAGCUUGGGUCUUAAUGAGGCAACCGCCCUCGACCGCUCUAGCAAAGAAUUCAACUUCCUUGAAGCGUACGUGAAGAAGACGCACGGCCACACGCACUACCAAAAACUCCAUGUAGAGGAGAUCUUCCGCGUGCACCGCGCGGUGGAAGAAGAGCGCUGGCGUGCCGACGGUUGGGACGAGCUCUCGAACUCCGACCGUCGCCUCCUCUGGCACGGCUCGCGCACCACCAACUUCCCCGGCAUCCUCUCCCAGGGCCUGCGCAUCGCACCGCCCGAGGCCCCCGUCAACGGGUACAUGUUCGAUAAGGGCAUCUACCUCGCCGACAUCGUCAGCAAAAGCGCGAACUACUGCUGCGCCUACGCCUCUGACAAUACUGGCCUGCUCCUCCUCUGCGAGGCCCAGCUCGGUGACCCCAUGUAUGAGUGCGGGAACGCGGACUACCACGCUGCGACAAAGUGUCGGCAGGCCGGCCGGUUGGCUACAAAGGGACUCGGCUCCACGGCGCCGCUCAAGUGGGAGGAUGCGGGCGUUGUGCAUGGGGAUUUGAAGGGCGUGCAGAUGCCCAUGGUUACUGGGCAGGAGGCGAACGUCACUGGGAAUACCACGAAGGGCGGUAACCAGCUUGUGUUGCAGUAUAACGAGGUUUGUCCCUUUUCUCCUUCGCUUUUGGAUGUUGUCGGGCGGGAGCUAAUGAGUCAUAGUACAUUGUCUACAACGUCUCGCAAGUCAAGAUUAGGUAUCUAUUCAGAGUCAAGUUUAGUUAGAUGGGGCUGUACUGCGCUGUCCGCCCUUUGUUCACAAAUCCUUCUCACUUUUUUUAUGUUCUACCAUUGUGUAUUCUGGUCUGGUCUGAUUAUUGCGGGAGCGCUCUUAUGCGUCAUGAAUUUCUUCCUCUUCCGAUGUUUUUUCUUUUUGGUCCUGGUCGUGGUGAAAAAGUAGUCUCUUUCAACUUGCGAGUUUACUAGAUGCCUUGGAGAGUAUUUGCGUGCCGCGCGUGAAUUAGCUGAACACUG